AUGAUGCCGAAUGCCAACGAUAAGUUCGAGAUUGCUAUCGUCGGCGGUGGUAUAGUAGGCCUUAUCACAGCCUUAGGCCUGCUCGAGCGGAACAUUCCUGUCAAGAUAUACGAACAGUCACGCUCCUUCCGCGAGAUUGGUGCCGGAAUUGGCUUCACCUCCAAUGCAAGAAAGGCCAUGGCUCUACUGAACCCAUCCAUUGAGAAAGCCGUCGGCGCUGUUGCCACGCACAACGGCGAGAAUGAGAACGAGCCAGACGAGUUCCUCCGAUUUAAUGAUGGAUACACCUGGGACAACACCCACCCUGAAGAAGAUGAUAUGCCACUGUACAAUCUUGACACCGGACACGAGGGUUUCAUCGGAUGUCAUCGCGCCCAUCUCUUAGAAGAGCUGGUCAAGUUUAUACCAGAAGAUGCGGUCGAAUUCCGUAAGAAACUGGUGAAUGUGACCGAUCAAGAAAAGGGAGAGAAGGUGCUCUUGCACUUUCAGGACGGCACCACUUCUAGCGCGGAUGCAGUUAUUGGGUGCGACGGCAUCAAGUCCAAAGUCCGACAGUUAGUUCUUGGACCAGACAGUCCCGCCACAUACCCUCAUUCCAGCCACAAAGUUGCCUACAGGGCCUUGAUACCCAUGGAUCGUGCAGUAGCCGCCAUUGGAAGUUUCAAAGCUUUCAACGAGCAUUGUCACACUGGGCCGCGAGCUCAUGUCCUGCAUUUCCCGUUGGCAGCUGGUACUAUCCUCAACUUCGUGGCAGUCGCAGAUGACACCACAGAUUGGGACAGUGUGGGCGAGGGAGUCGCCAACAUGACCAGUCUCACCACGAGGGAGGAGGUUGCUGCAGUGUUCCAGGACUGGGGCCCGACAGUCAAGAAUCUCAUCAACUUGCUGCCAGAUGAGGUUACCAAAUGGGCCAUCUUCGAUACUUACGACUAUCCAGCUCCAACGUUCGUCAAAGGGAGGCUUUGUCUUGCGGGGGAUGCUGCUCACGCCUCCACUCCUCAUCACGGAGCCGGCGCGGGUAUGGGUGUUGAAGAUGCGCUCGCUCUGGCUACUCUCCUCCACAAGGGCACGAAAAUACUGCAAGGUCUACCAAGUCCUAGGCAAGGCGACAAAAGUAGCCUUCUAGAAGCUAUGUUCCGGGCUUAUGAUAUUGUUCGCCCGCCUCGCGGGAAGUGGAUGGUGAAGAGCAGCCGCGAUGCCUGCGAGAUUUACGAAUGGAACCACCCAGACACUAUGUGUGACUGGGACAAGUGUCUCAAAGACCUCACUGAAAGAUCGCACAAGAUCUGGGAUUAUGAUAUCGAGGGAAUGAUUAUUCAGUUGGAGGGUGAAUUUGCGAAUCAGGUCCAGUCGCGCCUGCAGCCUCAACAUGACGCUGGCUUGUCGAAAGCUAUUGCGCCGGUGAGAGUUGAGGAUGCUGUUGUGGAAUAG